UGUUUAGGGGAAAUGUAGCUGUAACGCCACGAAGUACGUUACCUUUCAAGCGGAACCAAAAUUCUGCAAUAAAAGUGAAACAAGUCUUUAGCAGCAGGUACGGUACGCAGCUGCGGACUCACCGAAGUUUAAAGUUUCACCGCACAUGAACUUGACGCCUCGUCCCUAUUUGACGCUGGACUCCGCCUAUUGUUUACCGGCGGUUGGUUAUGCGGAGACCGGGUCGCUGCCGCCUGCUUUAGCUGCGGAGCCGGAGGCGCGCAGAAGACCGAGCUGCGGUGAUAAAGGUAACGAAGAUAGCCUCCGGUCUUGAUGGCAUGAUGAGAGUGACUCUGAUGAAAAGGAAAAGACGUCUCUUGAAGGCGUGAGACUCCAGGUUUCCCCGUUCAUCUUAGCUAGCAGUACUUCCAGCUUUAAUGGAUUCCUGCAAGUUCAGCCCAGAAGACGUGAGUCGCCCAUUAAGCUGCCCUGUUGGGAGACUCGGCCCCGCUAAAUCCACCAGCAGCAUUGACCAGUUUGUGAGUCACCGUGGUAACGGGGACUCUGCGUAUAGCUCUUUCUCUGGGGGCUCGAGCGCCCCCGAAUAUGGGCCACUUCACCUUGCUGAUGAGCUUGGCUAUGAGGGCUUCCUGGCAUCAGACUUUAAGAGCGCCGUGGACGACCCGUGCUCGGUCCCCAGCUCCCCCUCCAGAAGCGUGGUGCACUGGUACCGCACAGCCGAAAAUGCCCCAGAACCCAGAGUUCCGCACACUUUGGCUUGGAAGAAUUGCAGCUGGGAGCCCCCCCCAGCUCCCCCGGCACGGCUGGACAGCUUUAUAGCAGUUAGGCAUCUGGAAAACUCUGGAGGCAGUUGGAGCCCUAGGGACCAGUCGGCACGGCCCAGAACAGAAUUGGUCCGCAACCUUAGAACUUCACAGGCUAAUCCAAGAAACCCAGUGGAGUAUCAGAGCUUUACCGAGGGACUCCAAUGUGGGAACCAUCGUUACAAGGCUCAGAACCUCAACAGCCUUGUCCAGCACAGAGAGAGCAAUAAGGUUAAGCCUCCUGAGAUCACUGGCGAAAAUACCCAUCUUGCUUGUCUGGACUGGCGAAGUCAGCUUAACAUGGAUGAUCCAGACUAUGUUCAGCAGCAGUGCCAAGGUGACCAAAGCCUAUCUUCAAACAGGAGAGAUGAAGAGGACCUCCAUACAAGCCCAUAUGGUUCUCCGUGCUCCUCAUACCUGUCCAGGGUCGUCCAGCAGAAAAUGGAGCACAAAGAAAAGCAUCACGGCACUUUUAGGCAUCACAACAGCUGCCAACUCAUCUUCUACUCUGGCCCAGAAAAAGGCGUCCCUGCCUUCAAGCCUGACAAAAAGGAGAGGGCUUUUUCUCUCCAGGGACUGGACCAUGCUGACAGGAGUGCAGGGACAGAGAUGACGCAGCCUGUAGCGAACUUGGCUCUCGAUGAGAUCGACAAGGCGACUAUGCCACUGUUGUUUCACCUGGCAGGAGAGAGCAGGGGCACAUUAGUAAGGAAAUCAAAAGGUGAGAUUGAGACUAAUGUUAUCCUCAAGGAAUUAAGACUGGAGAGCAGCCCCAAGGGGCAACUGGGAACCAAAGCCUCUGAUUCUUCUUCAGACUAUGGCUCCAGCAGUGGUGGCACCCGCCAGCUGGAGGUGGCCGUCCAGGUUGGGGGUGGCAGCGGCGCUUCUGCUCUCAGCUCGCCGAACGGUUCACCCAGGAUGACCUCCUGCGACGGCGUGAGAGACACGCAGCCUGUGGUCCUAAUGGAAACUACCUCCAAGAGGACGGAUCUGCACACCACCCCCGUUCCGUUCAAGGUCACACCGGUCCCUGGACACACGACCUCUAUUCAAUUUGCUUCCAAGGUUUCCUCUGAGAAUCCCGAGAGUUUAGAAUCAGGCAUCUGGGGAAAGCAGAAUUUCGCUCAGCUUCAGGUAGCACGAGCUGGACUUCUGAAGAUGCUGAGCCCAGAGCAGAGGAACCUGUGCUAUUCUGAUCCAGACAGUUUGAAUCACAUGGGAGAUGAACCUGCUUACAGAGGGUGCCGCUCAGUGGAUGACCAGCUGGUGGAGCCAGUGAGCAAAGACAAACUGAGCGGACAGGGUCUGGUAGCAGCUAGACGGAAGGUCUUUGAAACCAAAGGCCGUGCCCUGUCAGCUUUCUGCUUCUCCAAAAGCGCACUGAAGCACAUCCAGCGCGAGGCCCUGCAGGCGUACAUGGAGUGUAAGGCAGGCCGCCAAGGCACAGGAGCCCAACCUCCUGAUCGCAGACACUCCAUGGCUGGGAAGGUGGCGGAGUUUGGCCAAAGGUCACUUUGCAGAAAUGCAGAACUCGGGAAGGAGGAGGGCAGGCCCCUUUCUGCAGGCCGCCUGCUGGACCCCCCAGCCGGCUGCGUCACCUGCGCAGACCUGGGGUCUCUCUCCUACUGUGAGCAAGGACACUUUAAUGAGAAAGUGAUCCCAGCUACCGAGAGAUCGUCUUCUACGGAUAACCUCUGUCGAUUGCGUUCCACUCCAACUCCAUAUGCCCUGCAGACCACGAUCCGCUCCAAUGAAUCUUUACCAUUGAAUAACCUGACACUGAGUUCUCAGAAAUCAGUUGAAGGGAAGUCUUCAGUGAGCAAGUACCCAGUGGAUCGGGUGGACCCAGCAGAUCGGGCGGAGCCAGUGGAUCGGGUGGAUCUAGUGGAUAGAGCAGACCUGGGGCAAGUGGGCCGUGCCGUCUGCAUGGCAGAUUCUAGCAGGGUGCCCAGGGAGGAGGCAGCCACGCGACGGCUCGGCAGGUUCUGGGCCUCUGCUUCACGCUCAGAGUCCGUGGAGCAGCUACGAGGCCGGCGCAUGGCCCAGGCCCACGAGCAGAGAAGUUCACCGUCCUUCUUCGAGGGCCAGGAGAGGCGGCAGGUGCUAGAGCACAGGAGGCCCCUAUUCAAACAGGAGUCUGCCCCACAGCUCCGUGUCGGUGAGCUCGGGAGCCGCGACCAGGUGCACAGCAAGGCUUGGGCCAUCCCUGAGCCAUCCACCACGGGGGGCACCACCCACUUCCCAUCCAGCCCCUCUCUCAGUCCAGCUGGCAGCCCCUCGUCCCUCCCUGUGUCUGGCUUGGAUUUCCGUAAAAGAUGGAUCCAGUCUUUAUCCAGAGGCAGGUCCAGCUCCAGAGUGAAGACGUCCCCAGUGCAGCCCUCACUGCUGGAGCUCUCGGUGGAUGAUCCUGAAGAGAUAUUUGGGUCCUUCCCUGAGGUAUUUUUAAACCAAGGAGUGAUGACAGACUCGGACUUGUGGCUCAGGAGCAGGGAUGGAGAACGUCCCCCAACAGGGGGCGAAGGAGGUUCCCAGAGAACCAGAGACACCCAGUGUCAAGUCCAAGAGACGGACACAAGCACCAGGGAAGAACUUCUGAGAAAGGAGGAGGAAGAUGAGGAAGGAGUUUCAGUGGAUGAACCCGAGUCUCCUUCAGUCGCCACCAGCGAAACCAUAGUGAAAUGGCAGUGGGAGGACAUGGUGCAGCAGGUGGCGGCGGAGGAUCAGACAUUAGCACAUGUGCUGCUGCCAGCAGCCAGUGGGAUCACUGCAGUCGCACUGAUAGAGCAGCUGCUUUCUGGGGACACCUUACUGAUGGAAGAGCAUUACAGGUGGAAGCAUGCUCAGGAGGCCAGCGGCCCGGACACAGAGGACGGCUUUGCAGCGGAUGUGGUGUGUUCUCUUAAUGCUGCUCAUCCAACCACUGAAGCUCAAGCUCAAGAAACUGGCCAGACACAAGGCGGGGCAGGAAGUGAGGUCACUAAGAAGAAGAGGCUGCUGAUGUCAUGCAUCGAGCGCCACCUGGAGGCACUGGCUGAGCGGCAGGCGGCUCUCAGGCAGGAGCUGCUGGCCCAUGGGGAGCGGGCCAAUGCCAUGGCCUCCCUGGUGCAGGAGCACUGUCUGCCACCGGAGUAUGAGCGCUACACUCAGUUCCUGGAUGACCUGGAGCGGGUGGUCAGCCUGCUUCUGUGCCUCUCCGCCCGUCUGGCCCGGGUGCAGAAUGCAUUGAGCGUUUCGGACCAACAUAUGGACCCGGAGGAGAAGGAAUCCCUGCAGAACCGCCACCGUUUGCUGUGUAGACAGAGGGACGACGCCAAGGGCCUGAGAGAGAACCUGGAGAGAAGGCAGGGCGUGGUGGCUGCCAUUUUGGCCAAAUACCUGAGUGGCCAGCAGCAGGAGGAGUACAAGCAGAUGGUGCAGACCAAGGCCUCACUGCUCAUCCAGCAGAAGGACCUGGACGAGAGGCAGCGUCUCAGGGAGGAGCAGCUGCAGGCUUUGCUGGGCAGCCUGCCCCCGUAGCCGCGCGAUGGCGCCCCCCAGCGUGGCUGCCAGUCAGGCCUGCUCUCUCCCGCUUCCUUCGGUAACCUGUGAAACUCGCGUUGGUUGUAUCUUCCGGUCUUUUGCUUUUGGGAUCUGCUUGAUUUCCUGCGAUUCCCUUUGCGAGGGAUCUUGUGUAAAAUACAGCAUCUUCUGCAGACUCACUUCUCAUGCCUCAACCCAGGGAUGCUGGUAGAAUAGUAUUUAGCCAGAAAUAUUUCUAUAGCUUAUUUUUUUUACUACAGACUUCUGGGUCCAAAACCUCAGAGACAGAAAUGCUGCUGUCCUGCUGUCCAGUAGAAGGCAGCUGUUCUUUGGAUACCAUCACUCUCAUUCCUGUGGAACCUUUAGUGGAUGAUCUGAGUAAUAAUGUCAGUCCUGCUUCUUCAUUUAUGAGAGAAGAUCAUGACAGCGUGAGGCCUUUUUGAAAGGCUGAUCCACAAGGUAGAGCAUUUUUGACCACAUUCACCCACAUUUUCUUUGUACUGCCCUGCAGUGGCAUGUUCAGAGAUUUUCAUCACGAUGCAAGUCUGAUGUUUUUACGACCGAUAACUAUUUAUUAACUAUUUGUUGCUGCUAUUUUAAUUAAUGCUACCCGAAGGUAACAGGUAAAGCUACCAGAACCUGGAUCUUUUGGUUCCUUUCCAUCCAUGGUUAUAUUUACCGAAGAGUAAAAUGAAAAAAGAGAAAAAACAGUGACCUUAAAACUGACACAAAACUAAGAUAAAAACAUAAACCAUUUUCUAAAAUACAGUACAAUGAGCCCCAAAACUAGUAUUUUUAGUAUAUAGUACCUAUGCUUCUGAAUUGUAUUUAUUUUGUACAUGUUAAUGGCAUAAUAAUUCCUCAAAUUAUAUGUAAUUAUAUGUGAUUGUAUGUGAAAAAGUGUGGGAAUGAUUAUGCAUUGUGUGAAACCAACCAAUGCAAACACCUUUUAUCUUUAGAUGGCAUGACCUUAGGUCACUCUAACUCAUGUGCAUUUCUACUCCGUAUAGCUACUCUCUUACUCACAUGCAUUUCUACUCCGUAUAGCUACUCUCUUACUCACAUGCAUUUCUACUCCGUAUAGCUACUCUCUUACUCACAUGCAUUUCUACUCAGUAUGGCUACUUUAUUACUCAAAUACACUUCUACUCAGUAUAGCUACUCUAUUACUCACAUGCAUUUCUACUCAGUAUAGCUACUUUCUUACUCACAUGUAUUUCUACUCAGUAUAGCUACUCUAUUACUCAAAUGCACUUCUACUCAGUAUAGCUACAGUACUCUAUUACUCACAUGCAUUUCUACUCAGUAUAGCCACACUCUUAUGCACAUGCAUUUCUACUCAGUAUAGCUACUCUCUUACUCACAUGCAUUUCUACUCAGUAUAGCCACACUCUUAUGCACAUGCAUUUCUACUCAGUAUAGCUACUCUCUUACUCACAUCCAUUUGUACUGGGUAUAGCUACUGUCUUGUAUAGAAUGCAGUAUAACAUUUUUGUUCCAUGCAUUCCUGAACCUCUCGUUACCUUCUCUUUUAAGCAUGUUGUUGUUAAUUACACGAGGACCCUGGCUUGCAGUGACAUUACAGACAUGCACCAACCUGACAUUGUAAUCGAUGUGUCUUCACCCUGCAGCUCUGAAAUCCUGCUGUUAAACAUCUGCUAUAAAAUAUUCUCCUUGCAGUUAUUUUGUUCACCGCACCAAAAGCCGAGAGCACUCAUGCUCGUCGUGGGUGAAUAAACCAUUUUCCCCUUGA